AUGAGAUGCAAAGGAGCAUCCCACUAUGGCCUUACCAAGGAGCGGAAGCGGCGUUCCCAGGACUGCUCCCCGGACCACAGCUCCAGCCUCGCGGUAGCUGCUCUGGGCCCUGAGCUCUCUGCGGCUGCAGCCAUCGCCUUAAUGACCGACGAGCCAGGGCUGGUGAACCCGGCCUUCAGCCCCACCUCAGAGGACAGCCAGUCGGGCAGUGGCCCCAGGGACCUGCAUUGCAGCAACCGCAACAGAACUCGACACUUUGAACGCUCCACUAUAAGAAGCAGAUCUUUUAAAAAAAUAAACAAGGCAUUCAGUGUUCUUCGAAGGACAAAAAGCGGAAGUGCAGUUUCCAACCAGGCUGACCAGGAAAGGGAGGCUGUUGGAAACUCUGCUGCUGGAGAAGAAGAUUCAGAAUUCUCCAUACCAAUCCCAGCAACAAAAACGCAACACUCGGUGGAAAGACCUGCAAGAGUCACCAAAAACAAGACAGAAAAUUUACUUCUUUCUAGAUUCAGCAGCGCUUCAAUAUUUAAGGACUGGAAAUAUAAAAUGGUAAAGAAAGGUUUUCCCAGAUUGUAUCACCUGAUUCCGGAUGGUGAAAUCACCUGCAUUAAGAUCAACCGGACUGAUCCCCAUGAGAACCUGGCCAUUAGGAUUGUGGGAGGCAGCGAGACUCCUUUGGUUCACAUUAUUAUACAGCAUAUUUAUCGAGACGGAGUAAUUGCCAGAGAUGGAAGAUUGCUGCCUGGAGACAUGAUACUAAAGGUGAAUGGCAUUGACAUCAAAAACGUGCCUCACCACUAUGCCCUGUCCAUCCUGAAGCAGCCCUGCCACGUGCUGAGGCUCACGGUGCUCAGGGAGCAGCGGUACCGGUGCCGAAGCAGCGGGCUCAGCCUUGACGCUCACUGCAGCCGGGACAACAGUUUCCACGUCAUUUUGAACAAAAGCAGCCCCAGUGAGCAGCUAGGGAUAAAGCUGGUCCGCAGGGCCGACGAACCCGGUGUGUUCAUCUUCAACCUGCUGGAUGGAGGAGUGGCCGCCCGUGAUGGCCAGCUGCAGGAGAACGACCGGGUCCUGGCCAUCAAUGGUCAUGACCAUCGGUACGGCAGCCCGGAGAGUGCAGCCCAGCUGAUCCAGGCCAGCGAGAGGCACGUCCACUUCGUGGUGUCUCGGCAGACCAGGCAGCAGCCCCCUGACAUCUUGCAGGAGACGGGCUGGAGUUACAGCAGCAGCCCCCAGCCCUGUCCCGCUGAGAGGAUCAACACCAGUAAGAGCACUCUUCACACUGUCACCUGUCACGAGAAGGUGGUGGCUGUCCGGAAAGAUCACACGGAAUCGCUGGGAAUGACGGUGGCAGGAGGAGCAACAAACCGAGAAUGGGAUUUACCUAUCUACGUGAUAAGUGUUGAACCGGGAGGAGUUAUCAGCAGAGACAGCAGGAUAAAAACAGGUGACAUCCUCUUGAAUGUGAAUGGGAUCGACCUGACAGGAGUCAGCCGGAAUGAGGCUGUGGCCCUGCUGAAAAACACCAACUCCUCAGUGGUGCUCAAGGCCCUGGAAAUGAGGACAUGUGAUGGCCGGGAGCGCAGCGAGGCCACUGAGCACAGCGAGUGGUCGCCGUCCUGGGUGAUGUGGCUGGGGCUGCCCCGGUAUUUGUACAGCUGCAAAGAAAUCGUAUUACGAAGAAAUACAGCCGGGAGCCUUGGCUUCAGCAUUGUAGGAGGCUACGAAGAACACACUGGGAACAAACCUUUCUUUAUCAAAUCCAUUGUCGGGGGAACACCAGCAUACAACGAUGGAAGAAUUAGAUGUGGUGACAUCCUCCUUGCUGUCAAUGGCAGAAACACAUCAGGAAUGAUGCAUGCCUGUUUGGCAAGGAUGCUCAAAGAACUGAAAGGAAAAAUUACUCUCACGAUUGUCUCCUGGCCUGGCACUUUUUUAUAAAAAAGUCUCCAUGGAGCUUACAAGAAGUAAUGUAACACAGAAGAAAGGCAAACAAAAACAAGAAGAAACACUACAGAUGUUGGCCAUCUUUGCUUUUGGGGAGGUCAAAUACGUGUUUAUAAAGAAACAGUUUGUGAAAUUUCAACCUGCAUGUCAAGAAAAGUCAAGUUUAGACAAAGCAAGGACACCCGUCAAAGAAUCACUUUAGUGAUUUAAGCUACAGACUUAAGUCAUUCCUUCCCCAUGUUCUCAAGCUUUUUUGUUUAUAUAUAUAUAUAUAUAUAUAUAUUUAAUGCAUUAUUAUUAUAAUGAAAUGUAGGGAGCAGCACCUCCUGCUUACCCACUUUAUUUUGAUUUAUGAAAAGAAAUCCUUGAAUAAUCUACAGAAAAAAAUCCUUGCAAUUUUUCUAAUUGCAAAAAUCAGGUGAAGGUUUUUAUCCAACACAUGACUAGCACUUUGGUUAUAUGUACCUUUUCGGGUCAGCACAAAGCUGAUAUUUUCAAGACUUUCAAGUACUGUUUGUUAGUCUGUAAAACUGUGAAUUAAAUUUCUAAAAUUAUUAAAAAUAACUGUAACUGUGUACUUGUAUAGAUGUUAUUCUCAUCCAAAAGAAAAUGAACUGGUACCCUGAUGACAAAAUGUCAUUUCUGCCAUGCUGCCACACCAAUCUCACAUGACUCUGUGCUAGAAGGAAAUCUGAAAGUGACACUGGACUUAGUUUUUUCUUAAAAUAGUUCUUUGUCUUUCUCUGCAAGAUACCCAUUUUUCAAAGUCUUAUUUUUUUUUUCUCCUAGAAGCCAGCAAUGCAGAGAGGCUGUUUGUUCAUCUUUAUCAUGUUAGGCACAGCUGUCCCCUAGAACAGAGACUAAAAUGAACUUUCUCUUAAGCCCCUGAAAAGCAACAGGGAUGAUUAUUUAAUUUUAGUUUAAUUCUUCCUUAUGCGCCCACGCAAACCAGACGUAAUUACCAAGUGUAUGAUCACCACACUCACUCAGUGUUCCAUCAGCCUGAGAACAGUCAGCACCUUCCCCUUCCUCUAUUGUUUUCAUUACGCUUCAGUAUAAUGUUCUUGAAGAGUCUGCAAUUUCUUCCUGUCCCUGCAGUAAAGGAUGAUCUUUUCAAAUAUGACCUCCAAAAGCUAUAAUGAACUCACCCUGUUCCAGAUGUUGGUGUAUAAUAAAGUGAGUGCACACUGCUUCUAAAGCCAGGAGAAUGACCUUCCCCACCGGCUUACAAAAAAAG